GCCAUUUUCAUCGAAUAAGGAGUAAGGGAAAGUACUGCAAGAGGAAUUGUUCAUAUUCAGUAUUAGUUUAAUUUAGUUAAAUUUCCCCUGCAAAAAAACAGUUCUGUUUUGGAGUUUAUAUAUUGGAGUCCCCUGCAAAAGAAAACUUUUGUUGCCGUGGGAUUAAAGACACUUUUUCUGUUGUUGCAAAGGUGCUGCUUAGGCCUUCUUUUUGCAGAUAUCUGUUCCGGCACGUUGUAACUUACAAUUGGAAGGGGGUUAAAACCCCACACUUUCUCUCCCUGUUUGACUGAACCUACACUUCAGACGGGGGCUCUGCCCUGGACACGUUUUGGGGGGGCGGGGGACUGUUCAUAUUUUUAGAAAAUGAUUAUAGAAAACCUCGACGCACUGAAGUCGUGGCUGUCCAAGACGCUAGAACCAAUAUGUGAUGCUGACCCUUCGGCUCUUGCUAAAUAUGUUGUUGCCUUAGUGAAGAAAGAUAAAAGUGAAAAAGAGCUGAAAGCACUGUGCAUUGACCAGCUGGAUGUAUUUCUUCAGAAAGAAACACAGUCGUUUGUUGACAAGCUUUUUGAUGCUGUGAAUUCAAAAAGUUAUCUACCUCAGUUUGAGCAACCUUCAACAAAUUUACGAACUGAUGCUUAUCCACGCCCAGAGAAAGAUGAUGUGAAAAAAGAGGAAAUAAAUAAGGAAGAGGAGAGGGAGAAAAAAUUCUCGAGAAGAGUAAACCAUAGCCCACAGCAGUCAAGUUCACGAUAUAGGGAUAACAGAAAUAGAGAUGAUAGGAAAAAAGAUGACCGCUCAAGGAAGAGGGAUUAUGAUAGAAAUCCUCCUCGAAGGGACUCAUACAGGGAUCGAUAUAACCGGAGAAGAGGCAGAAGUCGAAGCUAUAGUAGGAGUCGCAGUCGUAGCUGGAGCAAAGAUCGUCUUCGAGAAAGAGAUAGAAGCCGGAGCAGAAGUCGGAGUCAAAGUAAAACUCGAAGCAGAGAAAGGGAAAUUGGAAAAUCAAAAUAUGAACUGGACAGGCAGGAACGGACUGAACAAUCAGAGCCUACAUAUACUCCAGGACCAUUGGUUUCAAAUGUAUCAUCCGGCCCUUAUCCUGUUCCAUCAAUUAGUAGCACUAUAACUGUCAUAGCACCAACACAUCAUGGUAACAAUACAACUGAAAGCUGGUCAGAGUUCCCUGAAGAACAGCUCGAUCAUAGCUCCUAUGGAAGAGGACCAUUGCCAAAAAAACGGUGCAGGGACUAUGACGAAAAAGGCUUUUGCAUGAGAGGGGACAUGUGCCCUUUUGACCAUGGAAGUGAUCCUGUUGUUGUUGAGGAUGUGAAUCUACCAGGUAUGCUGCCAUUCCCAGCACAGCCACCUCCUGUAAUUGAAGGACCACCUCCACCUGGCCUUCCACCACCACCUCCUUUAAUGACUCCACCUCCUGUAAAUUUAAGGCCACCAGUGCCUCCACCUGGUCCUCUUCCGCCAAGCCUUCCACCUGUUGCAGGUCCACCACCUCCCCUCCCACCACUUCAACCUGCUGGAAUGGAUGCACCCCCUAAUUCUAUUACAAGCUCUGUACCUACUAUUGUGACAUCAGGAAUUCAUCAUCCACCCCCUCAAGCACAGCCUCCUCUUUUCACUUCAGAGACCUAUGAACCAGAUGUAUAUAACCCAGAAGCACCGAGUUUAACCAGCUCUACAAGACCCAUGUAUAGGCAUAGAGUACAUGCUCAAAGACCAAACUUAAUCGGACUUACAAUGGGAGAAGUGGAUCUUUUGCCUAGAGAAAAACCUUUAAACAAUAACAUGAGGAUAGUUUUGGAUUCUGAAUCCCGAAAAAGACCUACUGCUGCAGAGAAUGUGAUUCCUCAGAAAAAACCAUGGUUUGAAAAGCAGAAUUUCAAUAAACCUAACAACCAGGGUUUCCAAAAAAAAAUACAGUUUGGAGCCGAAAAUACAAAGCUUGAAGUACGCAAGAUACCUUUAGAGCUAAAUAAUAUCAGCAAACUUAACGAACAUUUCAGCAAGUUUGGAACAAUUGUAAAUCUUCAGGUAGCUUAUCAUGGGGAUCCAGAAGGUGCCCUAAUUCAGUUCUCAUCUCAUGAAGAGGCAAAAAGAGCUAUUUCAAGUACAGAAGCUGUGCUUAACAAUCGGUUUAUUAAGAUGUUCUGGCAUCGGGAAGACGCAGCAUCACAUUUACCACCUCCUGUAGAAAAGGUACCUCUGACUUCAACACAGCCAUCAAAUAUUACGUUACUUAAACAGUCUGUCAAGGAUCGUUUGGGUCCCAUACCAACAAGUACAGCUGAGCCAAUGCACCCUCAAGCUUCCAACACAGUCAUGGCACAGAACCCAGGAAAACCUUCUGUAAAGGAGCGGUUGGGAUUUUCCUCUAAAUCAACACCAGCUACUGCUGAAAAGGUGCUGUCCACUUCAACAGGUCUUACAAAGACAGUUUAUAACCCUGCUGCUCUGAAAGCAGCUCACAAAGUAGGAUUAUUUCCAAACUCAAGUGGUACGGAUCAUAAUGAGGCCUUGAAAAAGAAACAGGAAGCAUUGCGUCUUCAGCAAGAUGUCCGGAAAAAGAAGCAAGAAAUCCUUGAAAAACAUAUUGAAACACAAAAGAUUUUGAUAUCAAAAUUGGAGAAAAACAAAUCUAUGAAAUCUGAAGACAAAGCUGAUAUAAUGAAAACUCUUGCAGCAUUAACAGAAAGCAUAACGAAGCUGAAAGAUGAACUUAAAGCUGUUUCCAGUGGUAUUCCUCAAAAAACCAUAAAAACAAAGACACAGAUGCAGAAAGAGUUACUUGACACAGAGUUGGACUUGUAUAAAAAAAUGCAGGCUGGGGAAGAUGUUACUCUACUGAGAAAGAAAUACACUGAGCUGCAGCUUGAGGCUGCAAAAAGAGGAAUCUUGUCCUCAGGACGUGGAAGAGGUACACACACAAGAGGAAGAGGUGUUUUAAGGAGUCGUGGCAGAGGAAUUCGUGGAAGAGGACGUGGUGCUCCCGUUCAUGCUGUUGUUGACCACCGGCCACGAGCUUUAGAAAUUUCUGGUUUUACAGAAAUAGACAGAGAAGACUUGCUUCCUCACUUUGCACAAUUUGGGGAGAUAGAAGACUGCCAUAUUGAUGAUUCUUCACUUACUGCCAUCUUAACAUACAAAACAAGAGCUGAGGCUGAAGCUGCUGCACUUCAUGGAGCCCGUUUCAAAGGUCAAAAUCUUAGGCUGGCAUGGCACAAGCCUGUAACAAUCUUUACAUCUGUUGAACCUGAAGAAGUAGAACCUGAUGAAGAGGAGUUUCCAGAAGACUCUCUCGUAGAUGAUGCUUUACUUCAAGAUGAUGAUGAAGAUGAUGAUGACAAUGAGUCUCGAUCAUGGAGGAGAUAAUUUCAAUAAAACUCUGAUUUUCUUUUUUUUCACCUAUGACAAACUGCUUUAUCCGACAUGUUUUUAAAUUUCUUUUAAACACCUCACAAUGUUUGAUUGGAAAAUUUUGUUUUUGAAAUACAGAAAAAAUACUGAUGUCAUUAACCGGUUUAUGUUUGAACUUCUCUCUUGUACAUAUUGUAGGAGGCACAGGUGUAAAGGUUUUCUUUAUGUAAAUUUUUCAGUGACUUUAAAAAGAUUGCACAUGCUCUCCUUUUUUCUUUUAAUAUAUUUGGUCAAUUUAAUGACCAGAUUUGUUUUAUUGAGAGAGCUAGGUUCCAUAUUGUUAUGGAAUGAGGUAAAACUUGGAAACUGUUCGAAUGUGUUGAGUUUUGAGACAACCACAAUUGUAUGUUACAUCUUUGAUUAAAAAAAGUGUAAUGCACA